AUGAACCUAAUCCUCGUGAGCCUGAAGAAUAUUCGCCAAAAUGAGGUGGGGGAGUUCUUCUUCCAAACGGACGAGCGGCAGACGAGCCAUUUAAGGAGUAUCCUAAAGGUUCAGCUGAACCAGGUUGUGAAGGUGGGUGUGAUAAAUCGGGGAAAAGGAGAAGGAGUCAUUACUGAAGAGAGCAGUAAGCAUUACACAGUUAAACUGUUAACACCGAUACAUUUGCAAAAGUCGGAAGACACCUACAUACCCAUCGAUGUUGUCAUUUGCAUCCCAAGACCAAAAGUGUUGAGUAAAUUUCUCCAGCAGUUAUCCUCCGUAGGGGUGAAAAAAAUUGUCAUCGUGUUUUCCGAUUUUGCAAAUAAAUCGUACGAAUCAAGUAAAGUUUUAAAAAAUGAAGAAAUCAAAAAUUCUCUUCAGCUUGGAUUGGAACAAGCCAUGUGUACACAGUUUCCAAAGGUUUUUAUUCACUACUCAUUUAGUUCGUUUGUAAUGAACAUAGACAGAUAUAGUAACGAGAAAACGAUGAAGCUGUGUGCACAUACUGAGGUUAUGAGAAAUGGCAGCUGCCUAGAACGCGACAUUUUGUGUACAGAGCGAGGGAAGAUACUUCUUAUGGUAGGUUGUGAGAGGGGCUUUUCAGAACUUGAAAUUUAUUUAAUUAGAAAAUUGCAGUUUCGCUUUUUCAAUUUGACGGAGCGGAUACUGAAGUGCGAAACGGCUUUGCUGGUGAUCAUUGGCCAGUUGUUAUUACUAACGGAGAACGUAGCGCUUCGGCCCAGCGGGAGCAAAAUGCGCCGCGAGGAGGGCGAAGUGGAAGAGGUGACCCAUGUUAGCGGCGUGGGCAUGAGAGACGUGAGCGACAUGCGGUGCUCGAACCAUGUGGGCCCCCAUAACGGCUGCGCCAAUUCAGAGCAGGAACCGCGCGGUCCCCCAACGGAAAACGAUCCUUUCGGCGAAAUUAAAAAGUUACUAGCGGCGGAGCCGUCUUUUUCUCACCAGUUGAUAAACGCCGUGAACGAUUUUAUUGACAGCAGAGCUAACGAUAGUGACGCGCUCGAAAGUGACCCCUGUGAUGGGGAAAAAAAUGGCCGCCUCACCGGAGGGGAGAGCGACGUUGACGCCCUCCUUCGAAGCAUACACGCGCUAAGUAUGAACAAGGACCAAGAGGAAAAUUUUGAAAAUAUAUACUUAAGUUUGCUACUGAAAAAAAUCAAGUACAAAAAUAGAUUUAUUCUGUCCUACACCGAUCAGGAAAAUAAUAUGGACGACGACGGGGUUUUCAUAUACAGAACGAAGCCAUAUGUGUCCAAAAAAAAAAAAGGCCCGUCCUGA